AUGGCAGUCCCCCGCGACCCAGACUUCUGGAAACGCUUCAGCUACGCAGUCCACCAAGACGAAGAAGCCCAAGUAAACGAAAAAUCAAAAUCCACCUGGCUGCACACAACCCGCCGCAAAAAACGCCACUCCUACAUCCGCACAUGUCUAACCUUUUGGAUCCUACUCCUCGCAAUAAUAACAAUCUUCGUCGUUGUAAUAGUGAUAUUGGUAAAAACAGGCGUGUUGAAGAAAAUACACAUCGGUGGGGAAAAAGGAGAGCAAGGGAAAAAAGCUAGUGGGGAUUUUGGUGAUUGGUUGAGUGGUGUGUUCGGUGGUGGGGGGAAGGGGGAUGGAGAUGAUGGGAAGAGUGGUUAG